AGUACGUAUUCUUGCCUGUGUCACAGCGGUGUAACUUGCAAGCGUAUAUUAAACCAAAACAUCUGAGCUCUUUAGAAUUUUUUGGGGAUAUUAACUUUAGCGAUUUUGAACUCACUGUCUGCAUAUUUACUUGUUACUCCAUUUCAUGUAAUAUUUACGUUGUUAGUUAGUACUGGUUAAGCUAGCCUUGAACUAGGCUAUUCGCUAACGCUAACCAGCUAACGUUAGCUACAUCCGCGAACAUGACGAGCUACUCCUCCCCUGCUAAUGAAGAUGUCUGCUGGAUGGAGAAAGAAGCUCUGGGUCUGAACAUUGUCGUGAAAGAAGAAGAGAACAAUAUUACAGCGAAAGGAGAGGAAGGGGUAAUUACUAUCACAGUGAAAGAAGAGGAAAAAGUGGCUUUCGGAAUAAAAGAGGAGGAAUAUGUUACAGUGAAAGGAGAGGAUGUAGCUUUUGGAGUGAAAGAGGUGGAGGAUGUAGUGAAAGAAGAUGAUGCCGUUUUUGGAGUGAAAGAGGAGGAGAUAACCGUCACAAUGAUAGGAGUGGAAGAAGCUUUCAGGGUGAAAGAGGAGGAGGAUGUUUCAGUGAAGGAAGAAGAGGACGUUUUUGGAAUGAAAGGGGAGAUUGAGGGAUUAAAGGAAGAGGGGAAGACUGUCACAGUUAAAGAAGAGGAUGAAGAAAAAGAGGAGACUAAAUAUCUGAUUAACAAAAGACAGAGACCAGACUCUUGCUCUGACAGCGGGAAUAAUCCUUCAGGGGAAACAGAACAAGAGAAGCCCAAACCAGCAAGACCACAUCACUGCUCUCACUGCGGAAAGGAUUUUAGGUGGUUAGGGAAGCUGAAAGACCAUGAAAGAAUCCACACUGGAGAGAAGCCUUACCAUUGCUCUCAGUGUGAAAAAAGUUUUAUCCGGUUAUGGGACCGGAAUAUGCAUGAGAGGGCACACACAGGAGAGAAGCCUUACCAAUGCUCAAAAUGUGUAAAACGUUUUGCUCAGUUGAGGUGCCUGAAAAUGCAUGAAAGGAUACAUACAGGGGAGAAGCCUUAUCACUGCUCCCAGUGCGAAAAUAGAUUUUUUUCAUCAGCGGGCCUGAAAAAACACGAGUGGACACACACAGGAACAAAACCUUACCUCUGCUCCCAGUGUGGAAAAGAUUUUAUCCACGCAGGUCAACUGAAAGAUCAUGAGAAAAUACACACAGGAGAAAAGCCAUACCACUGCUCUCAAUGUGGAAAGAGAUUCAUCAAUGUAUGGAACCUGAAAAAGCAUGCAAUCAUACAUACAGGAGAGAAGCCCUACCACUGCUCCCAGUGUGAAAAGAGUUAUACCCAAUCAGGGGACCUGAAAUCACAUGAGAGGACACACACAGGAGAAAGGCCAUACCACUGUUCCCAGUGUGGUAAGAGCUUUACCCGGUUAAGGCAACUCAAAGAACACAAGAAUAAACACACAGGGGAGAAGCCACACCACUGUGUUCAAUGUGGAAAGACUUUUACCCGAUUAGGGCAACUGAAAGAACAUAAAAUGAUACAUACAGGAGACAAGCCUUUCCAAUGCUCCCAGUGUGGAAAAAGUUUCAUCCAGUUAAAGACCCUGAAAAAUCAUGAGAGAACACACACCGGAGAGAAGCCUUACCACUGCUCCCAGUGUGGAAAGAGUUUUACUAAAUUAGGGAACCUGAAAGUACAUAAGAGAAUACACACGGGAGAGAAGCCAUUCCAAUGCUCUCAGUGUGGAAAGAGUUUCAUCCAGUUAGGGGACCUGAAAAGGCAUAAAAUAAUACACAAAAGAUAAUGCUUACCUCUUCUCCGAGUGUUGAAAUUGAUAUUUCACAUCACACAGACUUAAAGUCAAUCAAAGAACAAAUCCAGGGGGAGCACGUGAUGCCGCGGAGCUGAGCAGACGUUGACAAACCGAGCUCUUCAAAGUUAUUCUAUUUUUACCUAAAUAACAACGUUGAAACAAUAUUCCAACAUCGGCUGAUAAAUUGUCAAGUACUUACCUUCCCAAAGAGCCAUGGACCUCCGACUGAGAGGCAAGAAGGACAACCAAAACGUUGUUGAUUCCCAAGAUAACGAUAACGCUACAGCUAGCAAGAUUAGCAUUAGCCCUCAUAACUCAGACAACAGUUCCAGACUGAAAGUUCAGUACAAAGGCCGAAGCCAUCUCUUCAACACACCGGGAGAAGUGUACACUUUUCUCAAAGAACUGAACAACGUCUGAGCCAGGACGGUCUCUCUGGGGGAUAAAAUGCAGUCUGUUUGUUUUCUCUUAUCCAGACUGAACUGCUGAUAUCUUCCGGUCACUAUAAUUGAUUUGUACAUUUUCAACUAACCGUAUCUUUCAGGGGUGAGUUCUAUUGCAUUUACAGGAGAGUAUAUUUUGGUUUAGUCCAUAUCUACUGGGCGAAGCAAAUAAGUGGGCUUAGGCCCACUGCUUUCCCCCUUAUUUAUGUUAAUCUUUCGAAAAGAGACUCAAGCAUCCCUUACCGUGGGCAGUAAAUAUUCAGCCAUAAAUAUCUAUUCACAACGUUUGUUUUCAACUUAGAGAGCUCGCAGGUUUUAGUUUACGCCAAGGUUUAGCUAGUAAGAGCAAGAUGGAAAGCGAGCAGCAAUGUAUCUCUACAAGUGUAUUCAUGUUUGCUUGUUGGGAUUGUUGUUUUGACAAUCGGGGUGGAUGGGAUUUUUAUUAUUUAUUAUUUUAUUUUUCUUCCUUUUUUCUAUGUUUAUUGUUUCCUUCCUAAAGAGACACAUAGGUCACUUCUGUGUUCAAACCAAAGUUGAAACAUUUCCUAGUUAUCUACAUAUGAUAUAUUUCCAUUCAGUUACAUAUUUGAAACCCAACCUAUGCUUAAUCCACUAAAAUAUUUCACAUUCAACAUCAAAGGUCUUAACAGCCAGAUUAAAAGGAAACGAGUCUAUAAUACCUUAAGAAAUUAAAGGCUGACAUUGUGUUUUUACAAGAAACACAUCUUACAGUCAGUGAACACAAGAAAUUGAAGAGGGAAUGGGUAGGACAAGUUUUUGCUUCCUCUUUUAACUCCAAAGCAAGAGGAACUGCAAUUUUGAUAAGUAGACACAUGCCCUUCUGCGUCAACAACACCAUCUCUGAUCCCUCUGGCAGGUUUGUUUUGGUGCAGAGGCAUAUGUUUUCAGAGUCUUGGACCCUAUUGAAUAUUUAUGCUCCUAACUUCGAUGACCAUAUGUUUAUUCAGAAUGUCUUCCUUCAGGUCGCUCAAGCACCACCAGGAUGGCUACUGGUUGGAGGAGAUUUUAAUUUUUGUUUAGAUACAGUUCUUGAUAGGUCCUUUGAUAAACCCUCACUUCUUACCAAAGCUGGUAAGCUCACCAUGUCAUUCAUGAAAAAUCUCAAUUUACUAGAUAUCUGGAGACAGUUGCACCCACAGGAUAGAGACUGCUCUUUUGAUUCACACCCACACAAGACACACACACGCAUAGAUAACGUUUUACUUUCGACACAACUGUUUCAUAGAGUGUUAGAUGUCGAGUAUCUCCCCAGAUUGCUUAGUGACCAUUCUCCUCUAGUAUUAUCAAUCUCCAUUCCUACCAAGGUAAAUGGAGCAUAUAGAUGGAGACUAAAUUCUACACUCCUAAAGCAACAUGAAUUUUGUGCAUUCAUCAAAUAACAGAUCAAUAUUUUUACUUUGACAAACAAACCCUCCGCUCCUGACAGUUUUAUUCUUUGGGACACAUUGAAGGCCUAUCUGAGGGGACAGAUCAUUUCCUACACUAAAGGGCUGAAGAGAAAACACGGUGCGGAACUGAGUGCCCUUGAAUCUGAAAUCUCCGAGCUAGAGAGAACCUACCAAAGAGGCCCGACUAAAGAUCUAUACAGGCUUUUGGUAAAUAAAAAACUUAAAUAUAAUAUUCUGAACACAUAUCAAGCUGAGAGGGCCAUCACUAAAUCAAAACAGCGUUAUUACGAGCUUGGAGAGAAAGCUCACAAAGUAUUGGCAUGGCAACUGAAAGCAGAGCAAAGUAAGAGGACAAUUAAUGCUAUAGAAACUCUUACAAAUGAGAUAUAUUUUGACCCUACUGAAAUUAAUAAUACUUUUAAGAAAUACUAUGAAGACCUCUUCACUUCCCAAUCAAGCGAUGAUCUAUCAGAGAUACUCUCCUCUCUCAACCUCCCAUGCCUGUCAGGGGAAGACAGCGAGUGCCUGAGUGAACACUUCAAAGUUCCUGAAUUGUUGGAGGCCAUUAAAUCCUUACCUUCUAAUAAAUCUCCUGGGGAGGAUGGCUUCUCUCCAGAGUUCUAUAAAGAAUUUAGGGAGCUGUUGGUCCCCUACCUUAUGGAGGUACUUAAAAAAGAUAGGGAAGACAACUGCUUUCCAGAGUCUUUCUCUCAAGCAGUGAUUACUGUAAUCCACAAGAAAGGGAAAAACCCGCUAAAGUGCACCUCCUAUAGACCAAUCUCUCUCCUUAACAAAGAUAGCAUCUUGGUGACCAGUUUACAAUCUGAGAGACUGGAGUCCUGUCUUCCCCUGUUGGUCAACCCAGAUCAGACUGGCUUCAUAAUUAAUAGAUUGUCCUCCAAUAAUCUCAGAAGGUUCUUUGAUAUAAUUCACCUUGCUAACAAAAACAAAAUACCUAGUGUCGCAGUCUCCCUCGACGCUGAAAAGGCCUUUGAUAGGGUUGAAUGGCCAUACCUCUUUCGCGUCUUGGAAAAGUUUGGUUUAGGUACCGUGUUUGUAAAUUUGAUGAAAUCACUCUACAAAUCUCCUAAAGCUAGGAUUGCUACCAAUGGAAUUACUUCCUCCUCUUUCCCUCUUUAUAGGGCGAACAGAAAAGGUUGCCCAAUUAGCCCCCACCUCUUUGCCUUCGACAUCGAACCGUUGGCUGAGGCUAUUGGAACGUGCCCUGACAUACAUGGCUUUGAGGUGGGCCCCCAUACCCAUAAAUUAUCGCUCUUUGCGGACGACCUUAUCUUAUUUCUAACAAACCCAGAACAUUCCCUCUCACUUGCAGAUCCUACUACAGUGUUAUAGUUCUUUCUCUGGAUAUAAGGUCAAUUUUGAUAAAAAGCUCAAUCUUACCAUCUUACCAUCUGUCUUUGACCAUCAUACCAUCAAGCACAAGUUUCCUUUUAGAUGGUCGCCUAUGGGCUUCACAUAUUUGGGGAUAAUGGUGGAUGGUAAUCUGAACAACCUCUAUAAACUCAAUCUGGCCAGUUUGUUGCAAAAGGUGGAGGGUGACCUUUGUAAAUUAAUGGAUUUACCUCUCACCCUACUGGGUAGAAUCAAUGUAAUUAAAAUGAAUGUCCUGCCCAGAUUUCUAUACCUGUUUCAAUCUCUCCCUAUCCCUGUUCCCGCAGCAUUCUUUUCCUCUCUCGACAAGCUGACCAGACGGUUUAUCUGGCACGGCAAAACCCCUAGGGUUGGCCUGGAUAAACUGACCCUUGAUUACAGUCAAGGGGGCUUAAACCUCCCCAAUUUUAGAAUGUACUACUGGGCUGCACAGUCUAGGUUUCUGGCUCAGAGGUUUGACAAUGGUCCCUCUCCCUCAUGGUUGAACAUUGAAAAGCUUGAGGUAAAUGAUGACACUGGGGCAGAAUUGUUUUACAAUUGGGACAGAAAAUCUAUAAAAACCAUCACAGACAACCCUUUAACCCCUUUAUGGAACAAUAGAUUGAUUCCUAUGUUUUUCCAGAAUAGUAACUUUAGACCAUGGUCUGAUAAGGGGAUCACUCUUCUGGACAACAUUGUUACGAGGAGGGAGUUCUUAUGUCUUUUGAUCAGCUGAAACAGAAAUACCACUUGCCUAACAGGGACUUCUUUAGCUACCUACAACUAUGAAACUUUAUUAGGGUGACUCUCAAGGGACAAUGGAACCUACCUAAGAUGUCACCUAUUGAACAACUCUGACACGCAGACCAACCACUGUUCAAGACCAUUUCCCAUGUAUACGAUGCUCUUAUGUCAGGACUAACACUGCCUGGGCUAGAUAAACCCUGACUUAGAUGGGAAAAAGAUCUAGGUAUUGAUCUUGAUGAGGGUCUAUGGAGUGACCUAUGCAGGGAUGGUGUUAUAUCCACAUUGAACUCCAGAUACAGACUGAUCCAGUUUAAUUUCCUCCAUCAGCUCUAUAUCACCCCAUCUAGACUGUUUCCUCAUGGAUUGCAAUGUAAUCGGGCAUAAUCGGCGUCCAAAAAUGCAGAUUACCGAUUGUUAUGAAAACUUGAUCGCCCCUAUUUAAUCGGCCGUGCUGAUUAAUUGGUUGUCCUCUAAAUGAUAGCUUUGAGGUUCGUAAGGAUAGCGUAGCCAACAAAUUGUCAUCCAACAUAACGUGUAGCGUAACUUAUUCGAAAGUCAUUACUUUAAUACGUUGCUCAACAUUUUCUUAACAUUUGUCAGAAUUAGUUAAAACAAUGAAUUUGUAUCCGCUCUCGUCGGACUUUGGCUGGUUGUGAAGCCACGCCCCUUUCCUGAAGUAUUGUGUUAUGGGCCCGGAAAGUAUGGAAAUAGUGUCCACUAUGUGUAUACUUCGUAUUUUGGUGAAUGUAGUACGACAUCCGGGAACUUCUGGCAUACUAUCUAAAUCUGGCAUACUAUCUAAAUCCAUACUUUGACCAAUAAGCAUACUAUAUACUCAAUUUACAUCACAAAUAAUAGGGUUAGUGCGGUUUGUAGUAGGUGCCUGACACAGGAGGUUGUUGGCCCCUUACUUAGGGAGGAUGGGCUCACUGUAAUGGCUGUGGUUUCCAUCUGUUUGAUGCCAUUCCAUACUCUCAGUUCCAGACAUUUUGAGCUGUCCAGCAGCCUCUUGUGUUGUCAGGUGCAUCGGUUUGUGUAAAGAACUGCAACGCUGCUGGGGUUUUCGCACUCAACAGUUUCCUGUGUCUAUAAAGAAUGAUGCACUACCCAAAGGACAUCCAGCCAACUUUACACAACUGUGGGAAGCAUUGCAAUCAACAUGGGCCAGCAUCCCUGUGGAACGCUUUCAACACAUUGUAGAGUCCAUGCCCUGAGGAAUUGAGGCUGUUCGGUGGGCAAAAGGGGUGGGUGCCACUCAAUAUCAGAAAGGUGUUCCUAAUGUUUGGUAUAGUCAGUGUAAAUAUACAUGUUUUUUAUGUCUUAACAUAAAUGUAAUAUGGGAGUAUGUGAGUUUCAACAUAGAUUAUAUCAGUUUCAAUCUGGCUUUCCAAUUGUUUACUUCUGAACAGUUAGUUCCGACCCGGUUCCAAACUAAACAAUAUUCCGGUUUAUAUGGUCCCUUUCGGUUCCUUUUUAAACCUCAGACAUGUACUUUUAGCUUGACAUUAAAUUACUUCACCAAUCACUGCGGAUAGAGCAGCUUGCUAUAGGUUGCAUGAUGUGACAGAAAUUUUGCGAGUGAGGAGAGAGCGAUAAUGAUCAGCUUUAAUAUUGCACAUUGUGGGUUCUAUCAAUGUAAUUGUGUGCAUCAUUUCCAAUCCCGCAUAUAUUUUUAAAAACAUUUUUUCCUUUAUUCUUUUCCCCUAACGCUACCACCCCUCCCCUAAUUAGGCUUGUACUUUCAGCUUAUACACACAAUAUACAUUUUACGGACAUUUUCCAUGUUCUCUUUAAAAAAAUAAUAAUAAUUGUCCCACCCUUCAGCUACCCUCAACACCUAUCCAUCUCUGAAAACCAUCCAGUGUUGAUUUCUAAUCUACAUAUUUUUCACAAAAGUUCUGAACAUUUCUAUUCUCAUAGUUUCUACAGAAUGUAAAUUAAAGAUGAAAAUGUUUACUAAGAGUACGAUAUUAUUGAUCAAUGGUGUUACGAAUCCCUUUUGGCCCGACAGUCUAGGGGGGAUGGUAAUGAGACCCGUAACAUAACUCAUGCAAAUUAUAAUUGUGACAAAGUAAAAGUGAGAACGAAAUAACCAGGACAACUGAAAUUUACCGUCAAACUCAAGGUUUAUUUGAAAACACACGGUAAUGGGGGGGGGGGGGGGGAGCAGGAAAAGGGGCUGAGCUGGACCCAAGGAAAGAAACAAUAAGUAUUCAAAAAAAAACUAAGCUAGACUAGCCUACUUUAACAACAGCUAACUAACUAACCAAAAAUACAGUGGGUGGUCCGCCCAGUUCUAACUAGUGUAUUUAACAAAGUCUACUUAUUCAUCGUGUACAUAUUCAUAUUAAGGAUCUAUGUUUGUGUAUAUUCAAAUAUUUGUAAGAAAUAUGAGAACUUUAUUUUGAAGUUAAAAUUACAUUCUUUGCCAAUAUAAAACUGCUUUACCCAGCAGAUGGUGAUGUGAGUCUUUCAGGUGCUUCUAGGGCGCAGUAAAAUCUAGUGGACGGGAUGCUUCUUCAAGGCUCUGUGCUAUCUGGGAUUGGCAUGAAAAAUCUCCAUUGAAGUUUAAGUGUUUAGGGUAGGGAUGUCCAAAUGAGCCAGGACAGCACUAACCUUUCCUCAAGGCUUCCACUAUUUACCACAGUCAAUAUUGGAUAUAUUGUAAAAAAUUCCCCAAAAUAAUAAAAUAGCCUUUUGGUCUUAAUUUAAGAUUAGGCAUAAGGUUAGCAGUGUGGUUAAGGUUUAAAAUCACAUUUUAAGAAGAUACAUUUUAUAAAUGGGUGGGGUGUGUGACUGUGUGGCUGUGGUAACUAGUCAUCCUGUUGUGUUGUUUCACGUUAAUUAAUUCUGUGUUCCUGGUCCAAAAUGACUGCCCCAUUUAUAGCUGAUUAUACAUCCAUAAUAAUACAUAUAUAAUCACCUAAUGUUGUGUUAGAUCUUUGUAUCAACUUACGUUCUUGUGAACAUUACAAGUUUUGAACUUCUGUUUGCUAUUUAUGGCCUGUAGGCCUCAUUGGCCUGAGCUCAUACGACUCGUUUUUGAGUGAAAAAAAAGCAUAAUGUAUGGAUUAUUUUGACUAUAAUAAAUACUCAGA